AUGGACCGGAGUUUUGGCUUUUCCUAUGCCAAAAUAGGUAUUCUCCUACUCUCUGUAUCUUGUGUUGCAAUCUACACUGUCACUUCUACUGAAUUUCUUGCACUAUUCAGACCAAAUUUCGAUAUGACACUAUCCGUCGAACGAAAAGCGUUUGUCUAUGAGAAAAUGAUAGAAGCACUGCGGAAUGGACCAAGUACUUGUGAAGAAGAAGGGUUGUAUUGUAAGAGACCGGAGACCCAACAUGUGGAUUGUGGAAGAGUUUUAGAAGGUGACAAAACCUAUCUCCAAACCUUAACCGGUGACAAUCGAAUUCCUCUCAUUUCUGACCCUAUUCUCAACAUGUCAUGCUCAGCAAUCAACUCAAGAAUCCGUCCACGUCACCUACAUUUUGAACCUCUCAAACUAGGUGGCACCGCGUUCGCUCGAAUAGUUUAUACCGAUUAUGAAUUCAUCGAGAAACAAGUUCAAGUGUCAUAUCAUCCACAGAACUUGUUCUGCUUCGCCAUCGAUAAGAAAGCGCCAAGAGAGUUUCAUGACGAUAUGAAGAGCCUAUCGGAAUGCCUUCCAAAUAUAAUUCUACUACCAGCCACGGAAUCCUAUGACAGCAAUGGUCACAAUAACAAUCUUGCACACUACCGUUGCAUGAAAGCAGUAGUUUCCCGUCGUGAUUGGAGCUAUCUGAUGCUUCUUCAGAAUCAUGACGUCAUCACAAAAUCUGUAUAUGAACUCGAUAGAAUCUUUGAUUUACUCGGAGGAGCGAACGACGUGUCAGUGAGCCCUGAGAUGAAAAGACGGCGGACGAAAAAUCUGAAGUGGGAUCCGAAGUCAUUGAAGAUGUUCAAGAAUGAAUCCGAAGUAGAAACUAGAAUUCUAAAUUCUGAAAUGACGAUGGCAAGCGGGUAUGUUCAAGGAUCUUUGUCUAGGGCAGCUGUUGAGUGGCUAACCCAAAAAGUCGAUUUGACUAAUUAUAUAAACCAAUGGAACCUAUCAAGAUACGGCGGUGACGAGCAAUUCAUCCCAACGUUUCAAAUGAACGCAGAUCUGGGAAUGCCUGGUCAUUUCACCGAUGAAUGUAUCAGGCGUGGAGAGCCGGGAGCUAUUGAGAUUACUAGAAUGACUCACUGGUGGGAUGGAACGCGUGAAAGUUGUGCGUCGAAGACCGUUCGAAAUGAAAUUUGUAUAUUUGGAAUUGAGGAUUUCAGAGCGGUCGCAGCAAUGCCCUCGUUGAUGUUCAAUAAGAUGAUCCCCUCAUUUGACUACUCCAUUGUGGAGUGCACCGCCGAGUUAAUUUACAACCGAACUUUCCUCGGGCAAGUAAAUUAUGAUUUCGCUCAAGACUACUAUGAGAAUCUUGUCCCAAUCCGCUACCAUAAGCACCACAAGGAACCUGGCUACGUACUCAAUUGUACUUCGGACUAUGAGCGGUUCAAGUAUCAGGACUAUAUAAACUAG